AUGAAAUCCUUGGAAAAGGCCAAGAGGAUAUUCAGCAGGUCGAUUCCAGGCAGAACAUAUCUGAGGGAGAGGGAAAGAACUAAGAUCAAGGAAUUUAUAAGCUCUACUGAGUAUUUAUUAAAUAUUUCGGGUAAUCCUGGUACUGGAAAGACCUCUACGGUAUUGAACGCAUUGAAAGGUAAGAAGUGUCUCUAUCUGAACUCAAUGAAGGUAAGGAAUGUUUACCAAAAAAUUGUACAAACAAAGGUGAAAAUAGUUGUUGUGGAUGAAUUUGAUAGAUAUUACAAGGAAAAUGGCAAGGAAUAUUUAUCAUUGAUCAAACACGUGAAAGAAGAGAAAAAGAAAUUGAUAAGUAUAUCAAACACACUGGAAGUAUCUGAAAAUACCCUCUAUUUCAAACCUUACACCUCGGAAGAGAUAGGUUCUAUCAUCAAGAAUAAAAUUAGGGAAGAGAUAGGUGUAGAGAUAGUUGAUGACAUAGCGAUGGAAGUAAUAUCAAGGAAAUUUGGAGAUAUCGGGGAUAUACGAAGGGUUUUUGAUUACCUACUUGAUCUCAUAAAAAGAAAGUAUAUUAAUGAGAGGGAGGACAAAAAGGAUGAGAUUUGUGUGGAGAUAAAACAUUCUCACAUGGAAAAGAAAAAUAAAGAGAUUACAAAAAUUAAAAUUGGGGAUAUUUUGUGUGAACAUAAAAGGUGCCAGAAGGAUGGGGAUAAUAUUCACCAUAGAAUUGUUAGAGAGUUACUUACUGGUGGGAUAAACAUUGAUUGUUGCUAUAAGAAAUAUCUGGAGAGAUGCAAAGAGAUGAAACUACAAUUUUGCGAUAGAAAUGAUUUUAACUUGAUUUAUGAAAUAGCAAGAGGUGAUAUGUAA